GACAUUAAGAAAGAAUCUUCCGAGUUCGGAGCAGCCGCUCGAUCGAGGCCAACUUCGUCGCGCCAAAAACACAUCUCUCUCUCUCUCUUUCUCUGCUGUAUAAAACUGAAUAUUGACACGGAACGGAAGCUCGACACGGCGGUGGCGCGCGCACGCAUCAAGAGAGAGAAAGAGAAAGACAGUGCAGACAAUCUCGUCGUGUCGUUGCUUUUCUCCCAUGCGCCUUGCCUGCGGUCGCUGCUGCUGCUACAUCACUCGGAGGACUCUGUACCAACGACGGACCACGCGCUCCUCGCACACGCAUUUAUUUACCCACCGUAAAAACAUAUAUACAGGAUAUCUGUAUAUACUAGUCCAUAUUACUUAGGCGGCACCUAUAUACGUAAUCUCGAUUUGUGUAAAGAGCGAGCCGUCUGCUGCUCGAGCGCACGCACGCACACAGUUCAGCUUUCGACCAUAAGCAACCAACACAGCAGCAGUUUGGAGUUUUGUGGGUCUCUUGUAGAGAGAGAACGAAUUUUCCUAUAACUCGCGAUAUCGUAUAAGAGAUGGCCCGUGGACAACAGAAAUUGCAAUCCCAAGCCAAGGCUGCCGAGAAGGCCGCGAAAGCCAAGAAGCAGCAGGGCCACAGCGCCAACGAACAGAAGAAGGCAGCUCAGAAGGCCCUGGUCCAUGUCUGCGCUGUCUGCAAGGCACAAAUGCCAGACCCAAAGACUUACAAACAGCAUUUUGAGAAUAAGCAUCCCAAAAACGACUUACCAGAGGAUCUGAAGAAUCUAUGAAGCUAGCAUUUCCAACACCAGUUCUUCGCAGAAGACAGCUGAUGAGUGCUCCAACAAUGUGACUAAGUGAUUUUAGAUUAAGGAUUAAGAAAAAUAGCUCAUUGACUCUUUAAAAAGGAAAUAAUUAUCAGAAUCUUGUUAUCGCACUUAUAAAAAAAAGAGACACUUGUAAGCCAAAAAAAAACGAUUAACUUUUUUUCAUUAUAAAAAUGAUCAUGAUCAACUCUUGUCCUCAAUGCCUCAAACUAUGUCUCUUUUUUUUUUAAAUAUAAUAAUUAUUAUAUUAUGGUGAGUACGUAGACAAUUUGGUCACACUCUGAAAUGAGAACUUUUCAUUAUUCAUGUAGAUAGUUAAAUAGUAAAUACAUUUAAUGUAUGAAAUUUUAUAUAUUUGGUACGAUAUACACAUUGAUAGAAAGAAAAUUCAUUACUGUAAAAUAUCAUCGAUUUAUAUUGAGGGAACUGUAAUUCUUUUUAAAAGUUUUUGUACAGACCAAGUUGUUGAGCUGAUAGUAAAUAUAUUACUUAUUACGGAUAAUACAUUAGUGUAAAGAUAACAGCACAAUACUGAACUAGAUGUUGCUAGAUUUAUUGAAGCUUAAAUUGUUGAAAAUUUUUACCAGAGUUCUCAUUUCAGAGUACGUAAAGACUUGAACUUUGCUUAAUAUAUAUAUAUACAACUUCAAUCUCCUGUAAUAUUAUUGCUACAUUGAUACUUAUUACUCAAUUGAGAAUUUUCUGAUGUAACGAUAUACAUUUCUUGAAACUUUCACUCAAAUAAUGCACAAAAUACUAUCAAUGUCAAUAACUAUACUUCAAGAGUUGUUUAGCAUGAAAGAUUAAUAAUAAAAAAAAAGAAAAAAAUUGUGAUACCGAAUGAUGCGCAGAUGUAUGUAUCAAUUAUUGUACUGCCAAAAUGUCGUUCAAUCUGUGAUUACUCACACGUCCUCUUCAACGAAAUAAUCGAUAUGUCACGAACGUUUUUUCUUUUUAAAUAUACCAUCCACGAAGAAGAGCAGUACUUAAACGUUGAAUUAUAUACUGUAUAUUCAUUUUCUACUUCUGAUGAAUUGUCGUAUUUCUUAUUUUGUUGAUGUAAAUGGUAGAAGCGUAGAAAAAAAAAAUUGAGAGAGAGACUUAAAUCGACAUGAGAAUUAUUUGUUAAACUGCAACUCGUCGAGUACACCCGAUUACUCAUUUGUUAUAACCGAAGGUUUAGAUGAAGUGUAAGCGAUUUACAUUGAAAAAAAAAACCAUAACAUGAAAAAUUGUGUAUCUUGUGCUACUUAUAUUAAUAAUUACAGUAUUUUACACCGUAAAACGAA